UGAGCUCGGUCUCUUAUCUCAGAAGUUGAAGGUCCCCGUGGAGCCAGCUGUGAAGUUCCCAGAGCACUAGAAACACCACAGUCAUUUAACUACAGAGUGGGCUACCCUGUGUCUGCAUCCCAAACCUGCAAGGUCCAGGGCAGGAGCAGGAGCAGGAGAAGGAGCAGGAGCAGGACAAUGGAGGCUGCCCAGGCCAGAUGCCUGUUUCUGGUUUUUCUCUUCACGUGCCAGCUGUCCCCAGAAGCUGCCGCAGAAGGCCAGGAACCUGCAGAUGGUUCCAGUGCUUCCCAGAAACCCGUGCAGCUCACAGAUGUCCCAGCUGCCAUGGAAUUCAUCGCUGCCGCUGAGGUGGCUGUCAUAGGCUUCUUCCAGGAUUUAGAAGUACCAGCAGUAUCCAUAUUCCACAGUACAGUGCAAAAUUUCCAAGACGUGUCAUUUGGAAUCAGCACUGCCCCGGAGGUUCUAGCCCACUACAACGUCACUGGCAGCGUCAUUUCCCUCUUUCGUCUGGUGGAUAACGAACAACUGGACUUAAAGAGUAAGGACAUUGAAAGCAUGGAUCUCCCCAAAUUAAGCCGUUUCAUUGAGAGCAACAACCUCCACUUGGUGACAGAGUACAACCCUAUGACGGUAAUUGGCCUGUUUAAUAGUAAGAUUCAGAUUCAUCUUCUACUGGUGAUGGACAAGGGAUCCCCAGAGUAUGAAGAAAGCUUGUACAAAUACCAGGAGGCAGCUAAGCUCUUCCAGGGGAAGAUUCUUUUCGUUCUGGUGGACAGUGGUGUGAAGGAAAAUAGGAAGGUGAUAUCAUUUUUCAAACUAAAGAAUUCCCAGCUGCCUGCUUUGGCGAUUUACCAGACCCUGGAUGAUGUAUGGGACACACUGCCAAUAACAGAAGUGUCAGUUGAGCACGUGCAAAACUUCUGCGAUGGAUUCCUGAAGGGGAAGAGGCUGAGAGAAAAUCAUGAAUCAGAAGAAAAGACUUCAAAGGUGGAACUUUAAUUUCUCCCUGGUUCUUCUGCGUACUACCAUGCAUCUACUUUCUGUCAAAAAAAGGAUUAACUCAGACCUCAGAGACACUAAACAACAGGAUUACCAGGUUUUACACACACACACACACACACACAUACAUAGCUCCAAUUUGUUCCUUAAAAAUCUCAUUUACUCUCCUUGGGGUUUUGUUUGUUUGUUUGUUUUUUAAUUUUCUAUACCCUCUCAGUACCCAUCCAAUUUUCUCUUAUGCAUUCACACUAAGUAGGCCCAUACACUGUAACACAUGCCACUGGGUGGAAGCUUUAAGAGAAAUACUGGGAUACUAUGAAGGGGCAACAUUCCUGGAAGGAGAAUGUUCUGAUCUGUCAUUAAACACUAAAUUCAUAUACUGCACAGGACU